AUGUCAUAUCCAGCGCCUGUUCAGCUUAGCCGCGGUGACACCCACGAGAAGGUGCGCAUUGUCAUGAACAAUGGCGGCGAAAACGGCAACGUCGCCUUCGAGGGCGAGGCUUCGGGUGGUAUUGACUUCACUUCCAACUUUGGUGAUUCGACAAGGUCAACCCCAAGCCCAGAUCAGUGGAUCACAUUCGAUAACAGUACCCUCACUCCACACCAGCAAUACGUCCUCAUCGUGUCAGAAAGUUCAUCUCAUGCCAUCAAGUGGGAGCUUGCCAGCGGAGUUGAGCUCAGCAAGGCUCUUUGGAUGGCAAAAUGGAAGGACGGAAUUACAAUGAUUUCGGAGGCGCCCAGCCAAGACGACCGCGGGGUGGAAUCUUCAAAGCCUGGAGCAACAUCAACAGCGGCAGCCCCCGGUGUCACACCCCCGGUGAAGCGUCAAGAAUCUAUUCCUAUCACAAUGGGUUUCACUGACAGUAGUCUCACCCUGCCUCUCGCCGAUACCAAGUUUUCGGAAAAAUACCUAAACGCUACCAUGUACAUUGAGCUUCAGUGGACAUCGCCAGAGGGACCCGGCACGACGAAGACUGGUUUGUUUACCGUCACAAAUGCAGCCUUUGGGACCGGACCCUACUGGGAUGUAGUCGGCACACUCAGCGUGUCACGGAACAACAACGAGGCGAUUUCAGGAAACGAAGAACUAACCAGCUCGACAUCAACAUCGUCAACGUCUGCCACCACCCAGGCAACAGCCACCCCUGCGACCUCUCUCGACCCGAAUGCGUCACAAUCAGCCAUCGGCGGCGCUCCCAGCAGCAGCGGCAGCAGCGGUGGCAGUAGUGGAGGCCUUGCGCCUGGUGCCAUCGCCGGCAUCGUCAUCGGCAGUGUUCUCGGGCUCGCCUUCAUCGCGUUCCUGAUAUGGUUCUGCCUCCGCCGUCGUCGCCGCCGCGCUGACCAUGUCUCGGACGGCGCAUACGGCCCCGGCCACAACCCCCACGAGUACCUCGCCGACAAGGAGACUCACGCCCGGGUGACCGAGUCACCGCACUCGCCCUACACGGACGACGGACAGCACCAGCACUCCCAGCAUCACCUCCAGCAGCAGACGCAACCCCAAGAACAGCAUCACCUCUCGCGGGAACUGCAUCAGGACGAUCACAACGACGCCCUUGAGACCGCCGCCGCUGCCGCAGUACCUGCCUCGGCCAUCAGCGCCACGGAAAACCACCAGCCUCCCUUUGCGCCAUACAGCGAGGAGCACGCAUCCAUUGCCUCACGGUCGGUCGAGGACAUGACCCGCAGCGGCGCCGGCGGUCCGCGCUCGUCGACGCCCAACGUCAACUCCAACGUUUCGCAUCUGAUUGAGGACGGCAUGACGGAGGACGAGAUCCGAAGGCUAGAGGAGGAGGAGAUGGCGUUGGAUGCGGCCAUUGAGCAAGCCGGACCGCGUAGGAAGCCGUAG